AUGGCCACCACAUUUACUCUUCCGAGGGAUCAGGGCGAGCCUCUCGUGGAAGUCAAAUUACCAGCAAACAUCACACGGCAGCAGUUCUUGGAGUUCAAGCCCUUCGAGCUCUGGUUGAAAACCCUCCGUCAGUCGCUUCGACUCCAGUCCAACCGGGAUCACGUAUUCCACGACCGGAAAGAGCGUCAUACUCUGCGCUCCAUCAACGUGCAGUCUGUGGAUUGGUUUGGCAAACGGAUAGGCUUCAUCAAGAUGGAGACCGUGGUGUCGGACGAGAAUGGCUCGCCGUUACCGGGGAUUGUCUUCCUCCGAGGUGGAAGCGUGGCAAUUCUGAUGAUCCUACGACCACAGGUUGGCGAUACGCACAGCGACGAGAGAUUUGUUGUCAUGACGCAGCAGCCACGCGUCCCGGCAGGGAGCCUCAGUUUCUUUGAGAUCCCUGCGGGCAUGAUUGAUGAUGCUAAGACGUUCGUAGGCGCCGCUGCUAACGAGCUGUAUGAAGAGACGGGCUUGACCAUAUCCCAGCACGAACUGAAAGACAUGACGAAGCUCGCAUUGAAGGAUGCCAAGGGCUCGGAGAGCCAUCUGCAGAAGGCAAUGUAUCCUAGCCCUGGCGGCUGCGAUGAGUACAUCGCUCUGUUUCUGUGGGAGAGGACGAUGCCGCUGAUUGAAAUUAUGGAAUUGAAGGACAGACUUUCCGGGACCGAUAAGGAGAAGAUCACAGUCAAGCUCGUAAAGUAUGAGGAAUUGUGGAGGGAAGGUGCGAGGGAUGCGAAGACUCUGGCAGCCUGGGCUCUCUACGAAGGGCUGACAAGAGAGGGCAGCUUGGAAGACGACGAGGAUGACGAGGACGAGUGA